GAUAUGGCCGCUCCUUUCAAGGUGUCUCUGCCCAACGGGCUUAACUACGAGCAGCCUACGGGCCUGUUCAUCGACAACAAAUUCAUUCCCGCCAGCGGCGAAAAGUUUACCGUCUACAAUCCCACUAAUAACGAGGAAAUUGCCACUUUCCAAGGCGCAUCAGAGCAAGACGUAGACAAAGCCGUGGCUGCUGCCCGCCGCGCAUUUGAAGGAGAAUGGUCCGAACUUGCAGCGGUUGACCGAGGAGCCUUGAUCUAUAAGCUUGCGGAACUGAUUGGCAGGGACUUGAAGCUGCUGGCAAGUAUCGACUCUCUGGACAAUGGAAAGUCCAUUACCGAUGCCACGGGGGAUCUCACCGAGAGCUACAACGUCUUCCGAUACUACGCCGGUGCUGCGGAUAAGAUCACGGGCAAGACGAUUGAGACAUCACCGAAGAAGCUGGCCUAUGUCUUGCAGGAGCCUCUCGGUGUCUGUGGCCAGAUUAUCCCUUGGAAUUAUCCCUUCAUGAUGCUUGCGUGGAAGGUUGCCCCAGCCCUUGCAUGCGGCAACACCGUCGUCCUCAAGCCUGCAGAGCAAACGCCUCUCUCGGCUUUGUACUUUGGCAAGCUCGUUGUCGAGGCUGGCUUCCCACCGGGAGUGGUCAACAUCAUUCCCGGUCUUGGAUACAUCUCGGGUAAGGCUCUUGCAAGCCACAUGGACGUCGACAAGAUUGCCUUUACCGGCAGCACCGCCACUGGACGAUCCGUCAUGAAGUAUGCCAGCAGCAAUCUGAAGAACAUCACCCUGGAAUGUGGCGGCAAGAGCCCGAGUAUUGUCUUUGAAGAUGCGGAUCUUGACCAGGCCGUCAAGUGGUGCCACAGCGGCAUCAUGGACAAUAUGGGUCAAGUGUGCUGCUCAACGUCUCGAAUCUAUGUGCAAGACACCAUCUACGAAGACUUUCUCGCCAGAUUCACCCAGAAGACCAAGGACAACGCAGCAAAGAUUGGCGACCCCUUCCACGAGGACACUUACCAAGGACCCCAAGUUUCAAAGGAGCAGUUUGACAAGGUCUUGGGCUACAUCGACGAGGGCAAGAAAGCCGGCGCCCGGGUCCUUCACGGCGGCGCGAAGCACGGCGACAAGGGCUUCUUUGUUCAGCCCACAGUCUUUGCCGAUACCACCGAAGACAUGAGCAUCGUCAAGGAGGAGAUUUUUGGCCCCGUCGUCGCAAUUUCCAAGUUCAGCACUGAAGCAGAAGUCAUCGCGAAAGCCAACGACACAUCUUAUGGCCUGGCCGCUGCAGUCUUCACUGAAAAGCUGGCAAAGGCGCACAAGGUUGCCCGCAAGCUACAGGCCGGAAUGGUGUUUGUCAACUCAUCGGGCGACUCGCACUUUGGCAUUCCGUUCGGCGGCUACAAAUCGUCGGGCAUCGGGAGGGAGCUGGGGCAGUAUGCGCUGGACGCGUACACGCAGUCCAAGGCGGUGCAUGUGAACUUGGGGACAGAGUUGUAGUAUCAUUU